UAUAGCUUUUUUGAAGGGAAGAAAAUGUUUCUCAUCAUCAUUGGUACUCAUCUUCCUCCAACCCAUGAUCGUCUCUUCCCUGUGUAGCCUCUUCCUAUGGCUGAAUGUCUCUGUUCACCAGCCUUAGGCUUGUAUCUUCAUUUGGACUCAGCCUUUGCACCAACCUACUUCAUUUAUAUCCUUUCUUUCUUCAAUCAUCAUCAUCAUCAUCAUCGUCAUCAGUAUCAACAACAUCAUCAUUAACAAAAUCAUUUUGCCUUCUCCAUUGACACACAGUCAUAAAUCUUUGAUCUAAAAACGUUUUCUUUUUGCUUACAUUUGCUCCUCUCUUAUCCUGCUUAGUCUCCAGUCUCUCUGUUUUCACCGUUACUGUUUUUACUUAUAAACAUUGAUUUUGCAUUUUUAAUUUAUGCUUACUUAAUUUAACCUUUUUAAUAUUCAGUUUAUUAAUUUAUUCAUCAGUAAAUAUUGCUCAAAAUUACUUAAUUCAUUUUCACUCAAUAAUUAUUUCAACUUGGAUCAAAGUAAAAACCUUUCGUUGCCCAGUUCACCAUCUUUUUACAAUGUGUAUUUUGUUUGUGGAUAUCUUGUAAAGCCUCAUGUUUUGACUACCUCAACUAGAUUCAAUUUGAUUUUAAUUUUUUUAUUGAAUCUUUCAUGCUAUAACCAUCUUUAUCGGCUGUUAAUGUUCAAAUUUCAAGUCAACAUUUCAUUGUCCACUCUUUGCUUCUUCUAGUGCCUCAAACUCAUCACAAGUCAUCAUAUUUAUUUAAUUCAUCUUGUGUCUAAUUUUCAAAAUUUUACUGGUUUUACCUCUUCUUCUGUUUCCAUAUUUCAUUUUAUUGGACUUGUAACACAAUCUUGAUAAUGUCAUGUCUUCCGUACUUCAUUGUAUCUUUCUACCUCUAUUCAACUCUCCUUGCUUCUAUCGUUUCUUUGGAUUUGAAUACAGAAGAAGAAUCUAACACUACCAGAUUUGACUCAAUUGAUCAAGAAAUAUUGGACAUUCUUCGUGGUGAUACAAUAACAAAGCUUGAACACGAUGAACGUGGUCAAUGUAUUUUCGUUAAAUCUGAUGAAGGUGUUUAUUCAUAUACAUCACCUGGAAACAUAACCGAAGUCUGUGGCCUUUAUGUGAUCGCUCAACCUGAUCAAACCGUUACCUUUGAAUUUGAAAAUUUUUCAGUUGAUUGUACAGACAAUGGACUUAUAAGUGUUAUAAAUGGAUGGGAAUUGAAUGGACAAUUUUUUCCAGCUAUAACGGAUCAUCCUGUACCAAGAGAUGAGCGAUAUCAAGAAUAUUGUGGCGAUAAAAAGCCCAAUAAAAAAUUUGAAAUGUCACAAAAUGUUGGCCUUAUUGAAUUCCAAGUGCCCAGAGAAGGAGAUGGAUUCAAGAUAAUAGUUAAAUUCCAGAAUAAUCCUGAACCCUGUAAUGCUAUUCUUCGAGAUCCUCAAGGAGUUUACACGAUCAAAAAUUUUGGACGAAAAACCAAUUGCAGUGUUUCCAUUAUGUUUCCCGAAAGUUUCCAGAUAAUAUCAACUGACAUUGGUGUGCGCACAAAGGAAGGAGACUCUGAUCCGAUUGCCAACAAUAAUACAGUUGAAACUGGACUCAUGAGAGAAUGUAAAACCAGUGGUGUUUCUGAUUAUGUUGAGAUAAUUGGUGGCGAUGGCUUAGACACGGAUAUAAUGAAUGUCGCUGGAGAAUUUUGUGGACUUGAAUUUCUUCCAGGGAAAAUCCAAAUUGACAUUGCCUGUGGUAAUACAGCUGUUAGGAUGGUUUCAAGUGGACGCUAUGAAAAUUCAAUCACAAUUGCCUUUGAUUUGAUAACUCAAUUUUCAACAUCCAAUUUAAUCUGUCCAACGUUUCGUGAUUUCCAGUCCAUUGAAUAAUUUAGAUUGGCCAUAAUCUCAGUUGAAUUAAUUGCUAAUAAAGUCAAAUGGGUUGACCAUUCUUUGCAAAAUACUAACCUUGCUUAAAGUACUUUGGACGUUAAAUCGUACCUGCCAUGAAAUCUCAACCAAUAAAUUUAUCAUGUAAUAAGAAUAAAUUUUGUUACCUUUCAACAAAGAGAAAAGGAAAUUUCAA